AUGACUUCUCGUUUGGACCGUUUGCUCAAUCUGUUGGACAGUGGAUCUCUUGCCGUUCGUUCGGCUGCUGCCAAACAGAUUGCUGAAGCAACCAAAUACCAUCAAGCAGAAAUUCCUUCCGUGUUGUUUAAAGUUGGUCAGUUACUUCGUUCGCCGAGUUGGGAAACGAGAAGUGCAGCAGGUGAAGCCAUCUUUGCCAUUGCUCAAACCGUUCCUCUCUACAAUCGGGAUCGUGUUCUUGACUCCUAUUUAUACGCUACAGCAGACACAUCCAAUCAACCACCAUCAUUUCAAGUCAAGAAGGAAGAAGAUGAAGAAAAGAAGAACGCCUACUUCUCCACGCCAAGAUACCAAGAAAAAGCGCAGGAAGAAACUCAACUACAACUCGAAAAGUUUUCCUUCCGUUCCUUCGACAUUCGUCAUGUGCUGCAACACGGUGAGCCCCUCUCGGCCACCAACGUUGUGAAUGAAGAACAAAAACUCAAACAUUUAAAACCAAAAGAAAGACUCGCUUUCCACAAACGGCAAGUGUAUGGUCGACUAGGCUAUUUACCAGAGGAGAAGGAACAUCUUCUCAUCUUUCCAAGUGAUUAUCAACAACAGCAACAGCAACAACAAUCAACAUCCGAUGAAGUUGAAACCACGGAAAAUCAAGAACCCCUAAGUGCUCGAGAACGAAGAGAAAAAUUCAUUCAAAAGCAAAACAUCAAGAAACAACACCAGCAACAAGCGAGUGCCUCUUUUGCUGAAGAACAGCAAGAAAUUAUGGAUGACGUGAGUCGACAAGCGAAAAAAGUGAAAACUCUUGUGACCGAACAACCACAAGCUGAAAAUAAGGUCGUGAUUGAGAGCACACUCGACAUGACGAGUGACAUUAUUGAAUAUGAGAGAUGGCCUUUUCACUACUUGACAGACAAGCUCUUGGCUGACUUGUUUAACUCUUCGUGGGAGAUUCGUCAUGGUGCUGCCAUUGGAUUAAGGGAAAUCUUAAAGGUUCCUGAACAAAUUCAAUCGGCUGGCAAGUCGAUAUUUUGUACAGAGGAUUUAUCUGUGGUGAAUGCUAGAUGGUUGGAAGACUGCUGUAUUCGAAUAUUGUGCCUUUUUGCACUGGAUAAAUUCACAGAUUACCUUUCCGACCAAGUCAUUUCUCCAAUUCCUGAAACUUGUGCACAAAUUCUAGGUUUGAUCUUCAAGUACAUUAACACGAAUGCUGUUAAGAGUAUUGUUUCCAAUUUGGUGCUUCUGAUGGAACCACACAAUGAAUGGAAAGUCAGGCACAAUGCAUUGCUAGGAAUGAAAUAUGCAGUUGCACUUCGUUCUCAUGAAAUUGAUGAGCUGUUCCCUAUGGUUCUUCCUGCAGUGAUUCAAUGUUUGUCAGAUGAAACUGGAUCUUCAAGUAUUUUGGCAGAAGAUGUGAAAGCUGUAGCUGCUGAUUGUUUGGUGCCCAUAGCAGAACAUGUCAUGAAACUGAACACUCAAUACGUCACUGGAAUAUUUAACAUUUUGUGGAAUUCACUCCUAGAGAUGGAUGACUUGUCAUCAUCCACGGCGAGUGUAAUGUCACUUUUGGCCAAACUAUAUUCGAUACCGCAAAAAUCGAAAAUCAUUCUUGAGGAAAAGCUUCACAUCCUAGUUCCUAGAUUAUAUCCAUAUAUGCGUCAUAACAUUGUUUCGGUGCGAAUUUCAGCGUUAGAAACACUACUCGAGUUGAUUCAAGCCACCAAUAUUGCUCCAAACUCUUGGAUUUCGAAAGGAAGCAUUCUAUCACAUCUUGUUGCACUCGUUUUUCAAAACCUCAUUCUCGAUUCUAAGGAAAGCGUGGUUGAGAAAACUUUAACCGUGUGGCAAGCCAUAGUUUCUAAGGUCCCUCAACAAUGGUUAUGCCCUGUCAUUUCAAGGUACAUUGGUACAUGGUGCUCCCUCAUGUCCACUCCUAUUGGUCACAAUUUUGAGAUUACUCUAUUCACACUACCAGAAGAAAUUUAUAACAUGUUAACUCAGAAUCGAUGGUCCUCCUCAAUGUCCAAUGAUACUCUCAAACGAAAACUUGACGGGACUAAACCAGAGAAAGAUGAAAGCAUGGAUGGACAAACAUUUUCUAUAAGAUUGUCAGUUUCAGAUUUGGAAGAAUUUACACAAUUUCGAAUGGCAACAUCCAAGGCAAUUGCUAUAUUUGCAUCCUCAGUGGAAGACCCAAAUCAUCUCUCAGAAUUGAUGAACACUUUAGAUUUCUUGUUGAAAUCAAGCUGGUCCAUUCACAAAGAGACUGCAGGAUUGGUGUUGCAAAACAUGUUCCAUUAUUCAGAACAACAAGGAAAGAAGCUGACUAUCCCAGAGUCCCUCUUUCAGUUACUGCUUCAAAUUGUGCAAACAACUGUUUACACAUACACGAGUGUGGAAAUUCAAAACUAUUUCACCAGUUUCGUAUCGGAGUGCAACAUUCUUUUACAUUACUAUGCUCGAUUUGGAUUGGAUGUUUCCUCGUUCUACUCCCAGACUGCAGAAGGAAUGCCUUCUUUGAACAUGUCAGUAUCUAUUGCUCAAGAUCUUACCUCAAGAUAUUACGAAUAUUAUGCACAAAAUCUAGCCGAUAAUCCUCAAUUGCUUCAAGAACUUGAUAGUAUUGUGAAUCGAGUGAGGACAGCUUCAGACACCUAUGUCAAUAACUGGAAUACCAUCAAGAAUCGAGCUCUCUCCAUAUUGUCAUGUGCUAUUAUUUUCAAUGGAGACAUUUCUGCAGGAAAGGAAUUAUUGAGUCCUCUCAUGGUAAUUUUACUUCCUUCCAUUGAGACACAAGGUUCAAGCAUUACCUUGCAACAGCUUUUUUGCAAAUCUCUUGCCAAGCUUUUAUUUAUUUGCAAGGAUUUUGCAACUACAAAAUCUCCAAAUUCAGCAAUUACGAAAAAGGUGUUAGAAUCUCUUUGCAGGACCAUGCCUCAACAGCUUGUUGUUCAUAAAGCUCUUGAGAAGGAGAAUCAAAAAGAACCUGCCCUGGAAGAGGAAUCAGAGAAGCAAAAGAAGGGCAGAAAAAAGAAGGGCGCUGUUAAGGAAGAAGAAAUCAGCGAGAUCAAGGAGGCAGUCUCCCAAGUUAAUGGUCUUUCUUUGAAAGAAGAUCCACUACAAAUGGCUCAACGAGGAGCAGCCAUGACUUUGUGUGAAAUCGCCAAGAUAUUUGAAGAUCAACUCUUUGAUCAGUUAGAGCCUUUGAGAGUUCAAUCUAUUGAUAUUAUUUUACAGAAAGUGCAUCCAUCCACUUUAGCACCAAAAGUAGUACCUUCUGUUCCAAACAUAACACCGACGUUGACAGAAGAAAAAGUGAUUGUGAAUGCCCUUCAUGUUUUGAGAACCAUUGUCCCUUCUGUAAGCUCAAAAAUUUAUAAUCUACUUAUUGAAGCAAUGAAAGCAAUCAUACGAAAUUAUGUCACUCAUCCAGAUAUUGAUAUUAGAAAGCAUUCAGCCUUGACAAUUUCUGAAAUUUGUUACCAUGUUGAACACGAUGCACUUCUUGCCCUUGUACAAGAAUUGUUGCCAUCACUGGCCAAUCCAACCAAUGUAGCGUCAAGACGAGGAGCUGCUUUAACUAUCUACGCCUUCCUUUCUCGGCUUGAAAUGAAAUCGCUUCCAGCCGUUGCAUUCUUAGCCGUUCCUUUACUAAAAAGAAUGAGUGACCAAGAUGAUGUAACAAGAGAGAUUGCUUCCAACUGUUUCGGAACUGUAAUCAAAUUAUUGCCUCUUGAAAAAUCAUCAACUCCACUCAAAGGCUUAGAGAAACAACUUGAAGAGGAACACAAAUUUAUUGACCAACUCUUGGACAAUACCAAAGUUGAACCGUUCGACAUUCCAAUCAAGAUUAAUGCAGAACUUAGACAAUAUCAAAAAGAUGGAGUUUCAUGGCUGGCCUUCUUGAACAAAUACAAUUUACAUGGCAUUCUUUGUGACGAUAUGGGCCUUGGAAAGACUUUACAAACCAUAUGUAUGAUUAACAGCGAUAUUCAUAUGAGAAAGAUUCAAUAUCAGCAAACGAGAAAUCCUGAAUUUGUUCAUUUACCUUCAUUGGUGGUUUGUCCUCCAACCUUGUUGGGACAUUGGGGCCAUGAAAUUAACAAAUUUUGUCCAGAUCUCACCUCACUACAAUAUAUUGGCUCUGUUUCGCAAAGAAGAGCUUGGAGAGCUGAAUUUCACAAGUAUGACAUUGUGAUUCUUUCGUAUGAUGUGUUGAGAAAUGAUAUUAAGGAAAUUGUUGCUGCACAAAACAAUUGGAAUUAUUGCAUUUUAGACGAAGGACAUAUUAUCAAAAACAAAAAGACUCAAAUUACCAAAGCUGUCAAACAAAUCAAAGCCAACCAUAGACUCAUCUUAUCUGGUACUCCAAUUCAAAACAAUGUGUUAGAAUUAUGGUCACUAUUCGACUUUUUAAUGCCUGGAUUUCUUGGUACUGAGAAGGACUUUAAUGCAAAAUACAGUAAACCCAUUCAAUCAAGUAGAGAUGCAAAGGCAAACUCAAAAGAACAAGCUGCAGGAACACUUGCCUUACAAAGUUUACACAGACAAGUUUUACCAUUUCUCUUGAGAAGAGUGAAAGAGGAUGUAUUGCAUGAUCUUCCAGAGAAAAUUAUUCAGGACUAUUAUUGUGAACUUUCACCAAUUCAAUCCAAAAUGUAUGAAUAUUUUGCAAAGAAGGAAAAGUCAAAGGUGUCUCAAGAGUUACAAGGACAACAAGAGGAAAAGAAGCCAAAAGACAUUUCUGAAAAUUCUCAUGUUUUCAAAGCACUCAAAUAUUUGAGAAAGCUUUGUAACCAUCCGUGCUUGGUUUUAGAGCCAGAUCAUCCCAUGUAUCAAUCCGUGACACAAGAAAUUAAGCAGCAAGGAAUGGAAUUGACAGAUGUGAAUUUAUCACCCAAGUUACUUUCUUUGAAACAACUGUUAAAUGAUUGCGGAAUUGGACUUUCUGAAGGUAUCACGAACGCACUAGAAUCAGGAAGUAUGAAUCAACACAGAGUGUUAAUUUUCUGUCAAAUGAAACAAAUGUUGGACAUUAUUCAGAAUGAGCUAUUUGCCAAGUACAUGCCAUCGGUCACUUAUAUGAGGUUGGAUGGAGAUGUGGAGACCUUGAAACGUCAUGAAAUUGUUCAAAAAUUCAACAGCGAUCCAACCAUUGAUGUACUCUUGUUGACAACAAAAAUUGGAGGUCUUGGACUCAAUCUCACUGGAGCAGACACUGUGAUUUUUGUAGAACACGAUUGGAACCCAAGUAAUGAUUUACAAGCUAUGGAUAGAGCUCACAGAAUUGGCCAAAAAAAGGUUGUGAAUGUUUACAGACUCAUUACAAAGAACACCCUCGAAGAAAAGAUAAUGGGCUUACAAAAGUUCAAACUGAACAUUUCCAAGAGUGUGAUCAACUCUGAAAACAGCAGUCUAGCUUCGAUGGACACUGAACAAUUAGUGGAUUUAUUCAAUUUUUCUGGAAGCGGAGACGUGUCAUCUUCUGGUACACAAUUAGAAAAGCCAACGAAAAAGUCUGGUUUGGGUCAAGUCUUGGAGAAUAUGGAAGAAUACGACCAAGAACAACAGUAUCAAGGUUUCAAUCUUGACAGCUUUGUGAGUUCUGUUUCGAAAUAA